CUCCGAGAGUGGCUCUGCACCUGUAACAUUUAUCAAACAUCUUUCAAACAUUAUCCUUCUUCAGAGAUUCGGAUUCAGACCCGAAUUUGUGUAUCUUUAUCGACAAUUACACUUCGGAAUCGGAGGUUGAAAAUCAGCUAAGGGACACACAAACUAACGUCCCCAACGACAAUGGCUGCAAGUGUUACAGCAACAAUAGGAGGAUUAGCAAUGGGGCCGUAUGCCUCGAUGGCUAUGAAGAAGCCAUUGCUCAAGAUUUCCACGAAAGGGAGCUCAGAGCUGGGGUUUGUAACAUCCCAGUUGAACGGCCUUAAGAUUUCAAUCAACCCCGUUGAGUUUAAGGUGCCAACAUCAAUCUCUAUUAGGCCCUCUCUGCAACCAGUUGCCAAGAGAAUAUGUCCUUUCACGGGAAAGAAGUCGAACAGGGCAAACAAGGUUUCCCAUUCAAACCACAAGACAAAGAGACUGCAGUUUGUUAAUCUGCAAUACAAGAGAAUUUGGUGGGAGGCAGGGAAACGAUAUGUCAAACUUCGUUUAUCAACUAAGGCAAUAAAGACAAUCGAGAAAAAUGGACUGGAUGCUGUUGCUAAGAAGGCUGGAAUUGAUCUUAGCAAGAAGUAAUUAGCAUGGGUUGUAGAAGCUUUGGCUUGUAGUAAGGUGCGCAAUUGGUAUUUCAGGAAGAUGUAACAUCAUUUACAUCAGUGCAUUUUUUAUUUUUUAUUUUUUGUUUUAAAGUUUGCUCUAAGUGGAAUUAGUUUAAAAUCACUGUUAAACAUUGGAGAAACGCCAGACCAAAAUUCAGAGAGGCGAGAGCAAUGAAAACCUGCUUACUGGUCUUUUACAGAUGUUAUUUCAUACCUUUCAAUAAUCGGCCAAUGAAGCUAGUUGCUGCAUUUGGAAGGCUGGUAACAGCUUCUAAAAGGGUCGGGUUCAGGUUGUUGGCUCAGACCUGCAAACUUGAACACAAAUUUAAUUAUAAUAGGAAAAGCAGUAAGCAAAGAACAUUAUCAACUGUAAAGACAGUGAAGAAAAACCUAUCAGAUGAAUACUUCUUAAUGCUUUAGCCAAUAUUUUUUAUUCUUGACAAAAUCUGAGAUCACAAUCAAGGCAUAACCACUUUCUCUUUAAUCAAGCACAUUGUAGAAUUUUGGCAUUUGAUUCUUUCAAACAUGCUUUGUUUUGCCGUAUGGGAAAACAAUUGUUCAAUCAUCAGAAUUUUAAAAAUCUGAAAAAGCUACUAAAAUAGGUAACGCUAAAGUUAACAAUUUUGAUAAGUUUGUACUUUUAGGAAGCUGAAAGAACAAUUAAGGGAUAAGAGUUUUGGUCUUUAAUCUAUGUUUAUUUUAUAGUACUUAGACUCCCACCAAAGGCAACCCUUAAUUCAAAGUUAUAUGUCUCUCUUUUGAACAUCCAAGAACAGAUUUUAAAGAGCAUUAUCAGCUACACAAUCUAGCCAUUCAUUGCAUUUCAGAUUUUUUUUUUUCUUCCCCCAAAAUGGCCGAUCCUGCCAUAUCAUUUGCUGUGCAAACAAUCGGUAAUUUUUUGAUUGAAGAAGCAAAAUUCUUGCAUGGAGUCAAGGACAAGGCUGAGGAACUUCAUUCAGAACUGAAACGAAUUCAGUGGUUCUUAAAAGAUGCUGAUGCAAACAUGACUGAGAAGGACAGGAUCCAACAGUGGAUAUUAGAAGCUCGGGACAUUGCUUAUGAUGCCGAAGGUUCACUUGAAGGUUAUGCUUUCAAAUUUGAAACCUGGAAGGAUGGAGGUUUCAAAAAUGUUCUCAAGAGAUGUGUUUACAUCUUGAAUCAUUACUACCUCCGUCACAAAGUCGGAUUAGAAAUGGAAGCUCUCCUGAAAAAGAUCUCCAAACUCCAGAACAGUUUCCAAGCAUAUGGCGUAAGAGCUGUAAUGGAGAAGGAAGCCUCGAGUUCAAGGCAACAACUAUUUUUAAGGCGGAUACAUUCUUUUGUACAAGAUGAUGAUUUUGUUGGAUUGGAGACUGAUGUGGAUCUGCUUGUGAAACAUUUGGUGGGUAGAGAUCACAAAGUUGUUUCCAUUUAUGGGAUGGGUGGCUUAGGCAAGACAACACUUGCCAUUAAGGCAUAUAAUCAUCCAAGUGUGAGACGCCACUUUGACAGAUUUGCAUGGAUUUCUGUAUCCCAACAAUGGCAAAAGAAGGAUAUUCUGCAAAGGAUAUGGAUCAAACUUGUCCCUGAAAUGAACAAGAAUAUUGGAGAAGAAGAUGAGCUAAUCAAGAAAGUUCUGAUGAUUCAGCAAACAUGGAAAUGCUUGAUAGUGCUCGACGAUAUUUGGACCGACGAUGCAUGGGAAUCCAUAAAGUAUGCCUUCCCCACUAGGCAGAAAUCUGGUAGCAAGAUUUUGCUUACUACUCGUAACAUAGAUGUGGCAUUGCACAUUGGUCCUGACGGCUUCCAUCAUCAACCGAGGCUUCUAAAUGAAGGUGAGUGUUGGGAUUUGCUUAAGCGAAAGGCGCUACGAGAAAGAUAUGGAGGAGGGCACAACAUGAACGAAAACCAAUAUAAUGAGGUGGAAGAACUAGGAAAGAAAAUGGUCAAAUGUUGUGAUGGUCUACCAUUAGCAGUGGUUGUUCUCGGGGGAAUUCUUGCUGCAAAGAAUAGUUUGCGUGAGUGGGAAGCUGUGCAUCAGAAUAUAAAGUCUUACAUAUGGAAGGGCAAAAGUAUUGGAGAAGGUAAAGGAGAACUACAAAAGAUUUUGGCUCUAAGCUACCAUGACUUGCCAUUCCAGUUGAAACACUGUUUUCUCUACAUGGGUGCAUUCCCGGAGGAUGCUGAUAUUCCUGUGCAAACCUUAUAUCAGUUGUGGAUAGCUGAAAGCAUGGUUCUAAAAGAGGAUCGAGUUGGGAAAGAAUCAAUGAUGGAGUUAGCAGAACGGUACUUGGAGGAAUUAGGACACCGAGGAAUGGUCCAAUUGCAAGGAUCAGAGCGGCCAGGAAUGAUUACAAAAUUUAGUUCAUGCCGCCUUCAUGAUCUUAUGCGGGACUUCUGCUUGAUUCAGGCCGAAGAGGAAAGGUUUCUCAAGUCUAUCACAUAUUCUUCUGAAGAAAAAGAUGUUGGACCCUACGAUUCUCUCUACGGGUCUUCUAUUUGUAAACCUCGUCGACUCAUAAUCAGUAUGGAUCCUGAGGAUGUUGAUAGAUAUGCUCCCCCCAAUAAGGAGAUCACAAAGUACCUUCGAAUGUUUCAAUUAAUGGUUCGCUAUUCCUACGAGGGGCGAAUGGCUAAGGCGAUCAAAUCUCAACUGCACAACUUCCAUAUGCUUCAUAGUUUGUCUAUUGAAGGCCUAUACCCCAAUCAUAGCUCCAUAAGUUUCCUCACAUGUUGUGAUGUCUGGAAGCUGCCGAAGGCCAUAGGGGAGCUGAUCCAUUUGAGAUACUUGAGCUUGAAAGAUUCUUACUUUGUUGUCUUCCCUUCGUCUCUUGGAAAUUUGAAGCAUCUAUUGACGCUUGAUUUAAGGUUACAAGCUCCUGUGUGGAGAUUACCUAAUAUUCUGUGCAAGCUGAAAAGACUGAUUUUCUUGUAUCUGCCCGGCGGGAAUAAUCUGCUGCCAUGCAAGUUACGUCUUCAUUGUUUGAGCAAGUUAGAGGUACUUGAGAACUUCGGAGAUGAUUACUGUUACACACCGGAUUUGCUGAAGCUAACUAAUCUACGAGUUCUCCUGGUAUACUGGUGUAAGAAGUUGAACAAUUUUGAACUGAUUGCAAAAUAUGUUCAGAGCAGUGACAUGUUGCAACAAGUAACCAUCUGGAAUGGUUGUGAACCUCCUAUCGAUGACAAAAGGAUGGAGGUUCUGAAACAACUGUUGUUUGGAAGGAGCAUGUACUGUUUGCAUGUUAAUGUGGCAAUGUGGAAAUUCCCAGAAUUUGAAUCCAACAGUUUGUCAUCAAAUCUUGUUGAGUUGUCGAUUAAUUAUUGUGGUUCGGAGGAAGACGAUAAUAUAUGUGAGACAGUGGAGAAAUUCCCCCACUUGCGUGACUUAAGAUUGUUGUCUCUUCCGAGUAGAGAAAUGAUUUUUCGCGCCGCGGGUUUUGUUCAAUUAAGGAGAUUCUGUCUCUUGGAUUUGCCCAACCUGGAACGGUGGGUGGUGGAGAAAGGAGCUAUGCCUAAUCUUCGUACUCUCUACAUCUGGAGAUGUCCUAAGCUUGAAGCCCUUCCUGCUGGUCUACAGUUUGUGACUACUCUAGAAGAAUUGGACAUUAAUCACAUGCCUUCGACAUUCAAGGAAAGGAUUCGGACUCCAGAAGGCCAAGAAGGUGAAGAUUUUCAUAAGAUAAGCCAUGUCCCUAUGGUUACAUAUGAUUUUAACCCUUUCUAAUCAGUUUGCAAAAUUGUUAAAGUUCUGAUCCUAUGUCCCAAAAUAAGAGUAAUAUUCGUUGUAAUAGUACAACAAACAUGACUCUUAUUUAGGACAGAGGGGAAUAAUCUUUAUGUCUGCUUAGCGUUUGUAAUAAAAGAGAAGGAUCUUAAGUUAGUUUCAAUUACAAAAUACUGAAAUGCUAGAACUUUACUUCAAAGUCUUGG